UGUACUCUGUAGUUCAGAAUGUUCAAAUUUAAAAUCUUUUGGAUUGGAUGGAUUGGUCAAAACUUAAAAACUGCAUUCAUUUGAUAAGCUAGCCUACUGAACUGACCUAGGAUAGCAUUAGGCCUAUUUCAAAAUGGAGUUUAAUGAAGGAAACAAUUACAAACAUAAAUUGAUAAAUGUGUUUUAUAAGUUGUUAAACGAAAAUUUCACCAUAUUGGAUGACACUGUAUUAGAACAAUUAUAUGAACACAUUUCUCAUUCUCAAAAAUCGCAUGAAACUGAUUUUACAGAAGUAUUGAGAGCCUGUACUGUUUGGCUUGAGUCAGUUUUGAACCAGUGGCACGAAAAUAUUCUUUGUGACGAUGUUAAAAGAUUCAGUGUUCGUUUGUUUUGUAUCGUUGGCUCUACGCCUUUUGGAUUCACCACAAUAAAGCAUUUGUUACCUAAGAUUAAGGAAUUUUUCUCAAAAAGCGAGGUUAAAAAUCCCUCUAUAUUACUACCACUACUGGAUGUUUUAUGGAUGAUGAUAAACCAUGAUGAAGGUUUGAGCUGGGUGUUAGAAUCAGGUGCUUGGAAAGAUGCCAUAAAAUGUUUCUAUGAAGGUAACAACAUUUAUUUUCACCGGUCUGAAGUUCUGUUCAUUGCUGCUAUUCUCAGCAAACUCAACAAGCACAGUAUACAUUGUGUUGAUAUUUUGAACUUCAUCCUUGAAAAGAAUGCAUCAAACUGCCUGCUGACCCUUAAAACAGUGCUGGAUUCAGAGUCUCAUGAGAUUAUGUUUUUUGUUACUAAAAAAUGUGAACAGAGAAAAUAUGAUGAUCUCAAAGUAAAACAUACGUUAAUGGUUUCAAAGUUUCUGCGUGAAAUUGUGGAUGAGCUGCAUUUAAUGGGUUCAGAACUACCUGUGAAAUUGAGAUGCAAAUUGGCUUUCUGCUUAGAACCCCACAGGCUUUGCCCUUUAACCCCUGAGGAUUAUCUAGAGUUCUGUAAGCUGGUCAUAACAUUGGGAUGUUCUAAUUUCACCUCGGACGCUCUCUCUAGCUUCCAGCAUUAUGUCAUUGUUGACAAAUUAAUAUGUAAUGCUACUGAGACGUUUUUAUCUCUGGGACAAUUUUCCUCUGUUAUGGACUUGGCUGUUUUCUGCUUGGGAUGUUUCUAUAAAUAUAAAUUAACACCAAGAAUUCUAAGUUCCAUUUCCAUUCACUUGGAAAAUUGUUUAAUCUCCAUGUUGGUUUUAUUUCUAUGGUCUUACCCCCUUCAGCACAAAUCUUGUGAUCCUAUAUGCAAAAUGCAAAUCAUAAAAUUUUUAGAUUUCAAAACAUGUAGUAAGCCAACACUUGUACAAUAUUGUCAUUGGGCAGUUAAUGCCUUAGAGAGUUGCCAAGGCAAAUUACUUCAUAAAACUACUAAGGAAAGAGUAUCCAGGGAACUUUUAUGCUGUAUUAUUGGAGUGUUGGGAGAUCUUUGCUCCGAUAGGGAUGGCCCUUUCUACACACAACUCAGAACGCUCCUUUUACGUAUGAUUUCAACUAUCAAUAAAAUUGUCAAAACAAGCUCACACUAUGACACCCAAAGAGUUCUAAAUGUCAUCGAAAAACUUUUAUUAGCUACAAGAGGUGACGAUGUUUGGAUUACUGCAAGCACUCUUCAACUUUUAAAUAGCCUAAUAAAUAUGAAGUUUUCACUCUACAUAUCAGAAGAUCGUUUACAAUUUAAUGAACAUAUAUUAUUUUCGAUGAGAAAUAUUUUCUGGCUUUUAAAGAAAAUUUUAAAUGAUCAGUCCCAGUCAAGUUGGGAAAUUAGAAACGGAUUACUGGAAGUUUAUCAAUCUGCAGUUCAAGUUGGAGACCUGAGGAUUUUUAAAGGAGGUAUUUUUUGUCCUGUUUUGGAAUUAGUCACCAAAGAUUCUUCAUCGUAUGUAAGAAGCUCUGCGCUUAAGGUUAUGAGCCAAGUUGUGACUACCAAGAACUACAUAGAUAAACUCUCAAUAAAGGAUCUGAGUGACCUAGCAUUUACAACGUUGUUGGAAGAUGAGAUGCCUGAGCCGAGAACGGCAGCGUGUGAUCUGCUUUCUGCAAUGUAUCUCAAUGGCCUCAUCAACAAUGUUUGCAUGCAAGAGAAGCUGUUUGAUGCAGUUUUUACAUGUUCGACAAAGGAGCUGGACUGGGAAGUGAAGAAAGCAACGUUGAGGUUUUGGCAAAGUACUGUUGUCAAACACUUGUCAGACAUAGGCCUUCCUAUCGAUUCAUUCUACCUGCACUCUUCCAUUAUCCCGAAAACUGAAGAUGGAGUUUCAAAAAUAAUCGAAGUCAUGGACAUUCUGAGUUCCAUUGGUUGUCUCAAGGUGAUUUGGUCGGAUUUGGCGGAUGACAGAGAAAUAACUGUGUCCGAAGCAGCAAGUGAAGUGAUAAAUGGUUUUAUAAACUUUGAUAAAAAAUGGGGCUAUAUAGACAAAAUAUUAAAUGGUGUUAACACAGAGAUACCCAAAGAAACACGAUGGGAUAACAAGUUCUAUCCAAAAGAGGAGUUUUUCCUAAACAUUUCUGAUGACAGUUGGAGAGAGAGAUUGGCCAGCCGCAAACACUGGGUUGCGGAAAGUGGUGAUGAUUUGUCAUCACUUAUGGAUGACAUCUUGAAUAUUAACAGCAGUGGAGAAUCUGAUCGUAAUGCAGUUGACUGUUAUUGAAGUGGCAUUUGUACGGAAUGUAUAUUCUAAGUACCUAAAGUAUUUCGUAAGUUUUAGUUUAUACAAGUAAGUCUUACUGUACGUUAAGUACGUUUAACUGAGUUGUAUUAAAGUGCUUCUUUGUUAAUUUAUUUAUAAUGUUCAUCAGCUACAAACAAAUAUCUUUUUCUUCUCAAUUUCCAAUCUACCUGUGAUAUUAACAGAUCCGUGUAAUGGAUAAACUUUAGUUGAAGGCAAAAAUUACCUUACACUUAGUCUGUAUUAUUCGUUCAUACUUUGCAAGCAGAUGACAUAAUUUUAAAUUAAAAACUAAUUUUCAACUAAACAAAACAAAAAUUGUGAUUCCAAUAAUGUUAUUUAAGGAUAGGAACAGACUAGAUUUACUUAGGGUACUUUCUAAUAGUAUGUUGUUGCGUCAUCUAAUUUUUAUCUCGAA